UAUUCAAUAAGUAGAUGCUGAUUUCCUCUGCUGCUCACAGACAGAAAAUCAGUCUUUGUCCUGGACUCCUCAGCUGCUCACACAGCAAAUGCUUCUCUGGGCUGAAUUGUAGGCCAGGACCAGGAUCAAGAAGGAUACUGCAGCCAUACCUGAGUAACAGUCUGCUCUUUACCACUUUGACAAAUUAGAGGAGGUAACUCUGUAGGUUGGAGCUGUGUGUCAACUGCCCUAGAAGGGCCACAAAUUCACACUUUGAUAUAGCUCAAAACAUCACCAACACCACCAACAAUGGGAAACAGCAAGAGCGGUGCUGUGUCCAAGGAGAUCCUGGAGGACCUAAAACUCAACACCAAGUUCUCAGAGACUGAGAUUGUCCAGUGGUAUGAAAACUUCAAGAAGCAGUGUCCAACAGGGCGCAUCUCAAAAGAGGAGUUUCAGAGCAUCUACAGCAAGUUCUUCCCAGACAGCGAUGCCCAAACAUACUCCCAGCACGUCUUCCGCUCCUUUGACACAAACGACGAUGGCACACUGGACUUCAAGGAGUACAUCGUCGCUCUCCACAUGACGUCAACAGGGAAGACCACCAGGAAACUGGAGUGGGCAUUCUCACUGUUUGAUGUGGACAAGAAUGGAUACAUCACUAAGUCUGAAGUCAAGGAAAUCUGCACGGCAAUUUUCAAGCUGAUUCCUGAAGAUGAACUGGCUGAUCUGCCUCAGGAUGAAAACACAGCUGAGAAGAGGGCAGAUAAACUCUGGAAGUUCUUUGAAAAGGGCGAAAAUGAUCGAGUGGCAGAAGGAGAGUUCAUCCAGGGAGUGUUGGACAAUGAGGAGGCCCUUCGUUUGAUUCAGUAUCAGCCUUCAAAGUAACUCUCCUACAGAUUCAUUGUAUCUCUCUCCAGUCCUGUCUUUUCAGCUUCACCCUUCACUUUACUAAUGCAAUGACACUUCACCAAAUGUGAACAUAUAGCAGGAGUGACGCUAAUUCUAACUAACGCCCCAUCGCUCAGAAUUAAAUAAUGAUAUAGAAUCUCCUCCAGGGCUUUAUAACAUUUGCUACCAAUGUCUGUGUGCUGUCUGCACAGUUUUCUUGAUCAUACAGGACAAAAAAUAAAAGCUGGAAAGCAGAUGUUGCCCCUAGGUUACCUGUGAUUACAGUUACCAUAGCAACCAUAUCCAAAUCUGAAAUUUUCACAGGAAAUCCUAGUUGACUACUUUCAACUACGAUGGAUGAAGCACAUAUUUCUAUAUGAUGACGUAAUUUGCUUUAGUUCAAGUAUCAUUACCAAAAAUAUGUUUUUCUCUACUGUGCCAGCAAUGCUUGUCUCUGUAAGUGCAGGAAGGUAACCGUACCUGGGCCCUUGUCACGGUCUAAUUUUGUGUCUUUUACAGUGUUUAAUUCAUCCAUGUGGUACAAUCCUACAUGCUGUAGAUAUAUUUGAGAAUAGGUUUGUUCAUAUACAACAACAUGUAAAACUAGGUGUUUGUCCUGGAUUUCCCCGUACAAUAAAGUCAAUAAAUCAAAACCGUGAAAUUGUAAUAGAA